AACCCGAACAAAGCAGCCGAGCUGCUGGUUUAUUGGGGUUCCGUUCAAAAUACCAACGAAGUAACCGCCAAUUCGAUUCCAACAACAAUUCAGAACCGCGCGUCUUCCUGGAAGCAUCUCGAAAUAACAAUAUGGAAGUGUACGAAUUUAAGAAAACCUUUCUUACCCGUCUUAUGGAGACAAGAAACGUGUUGAACGGCGGUGGUGGCAGCAUCCGUGCGUCGGAGGUACGCUCGGAGUGGAUCUCCUACAUCGAAGUGGUCGUCGAACCGACGGGUUGGCAAGCACUCUGGAAGGCUUCCCGGGCGGUGUGCGAGAAACUCUCGGUCAAGUAUCCGCUGGUCGUCCUCGGCACCGUGGAUCAGGUGUUGUUUGAUGAUCUGCAGGCCAGCUUCAUCGUCGAGGCGAUACAGGAUGACGAUGGGCAGCUGUUGGAGAAGCAGUUGGUGGUGGAUUUGGAAGAACUCUGGCCACUGCGGGAGCAAAACAAUCCGGCCCUUAACGUGACCAUCACGGCGGACUGCAUCGACAAGCUGCGUUUCUUCUACCAGAACCUGUGGAUGCCGUGGGACGCCGAAGAGCAGGAUGAUCAUGGCUGGGUCGAAAAGCAUCUGGAAUCGCGCAUCCGCUUCUGCCACGAUCUGAAGAACAAAGCCAUGUCCUGGCAGUUAUCGUCGCACGUAUUGUCCCUGCUCGCCGAGGCACGCUACAUCCAGAGAAAGCUGAAACUGUGGGAGGACGAGGAGGACGACUGCCCAGAGAACGAAGCGGAUAACGAUGAGAAGGAGCUCAACGAUACGUCGAUCCUGGAAAACGAACGAUCGUGUGAUCUGUUGAAGCUAAACAUGCGCCUUGCGGCCAUCAAAAAUGAGAUGGAAAUCCUGGAGAACCCGGUCAUGCGAGCUGUGUUCGAAAAGGUGCGCUUUGGGAAUGGCAAAAAACUUACGGAGCAAUCGCGACUGGCCUUCAUCGUGACGCAGAUCGAUACGGUGGAGAAACAGCUGGAGUAUCUGGAGCGAACGAAGGCUUUGAUCGAUGGUGAGAUGCAGGUAAAAAUGUGCGAAUCACUGCAACACGCCCUCGAUCACUGCAGUCCGGACAGUGCGAUCUACCUGCCGCCCGGUACGCGACAAAACAUUAAGUUCCUGGCCUACCUCAACAGCGGGGGUUCGUUCCGGGGUGUUGGUAAUGCAAACUUCCUCGAGAAUUACGAACAGGCGAUUAAAAGCAAUGCCACCAUCGCUUCGAAGGAUGAUGAUAGUGUGCUGCUGACGAUCGAUGGAGAUUUUACGCUGGAAAACAUUCAUCUCGAUUGCUCAAACGUGCGUACCGGUGUGAUGGUGAAGGAGGGAAGCGUGCUGUUCCGCAAUUGCUGCUUUACCGGAGAUCCUACCUCAAGCACCAAGCAAGGCGUCGUCGUCUUCGGAAACUGUAACCUAGCGUUCGAAAACUGUCUCAUCAAAGAGUUCUCGACUGGCAUCUACAGCAACAGCGAUUGCACGAUCCGCCUCGUUAACACGACCAUUCAGAAGUGCAUGAACGGCGUAGAGGUGCUUGAUCAGUGCAUGGUGCACUUCGAUACGGUCACGAUCCGAGAGUGUCAACAGUACGGUGUGCUUUUGGAGGAUUUCAACGAAGAUCUUGAAACCACCAAUGCACCACCGGCAGCGGGAGCGACGAUGGCGUCGAAUUCAUCGCAAGUCUACGAAGACUUCAACAUGAUCGACCGGGAAGAGUUCAGCUUUGCGGGUCGCAACGAAUUUCAUAGCAACGCCAAGGGUAACUUUGUCAUUCGGAAGGUGUACAGCACCCGAUUCAACAGUUCUUGCUUCAUCGAGGAAAUCGACGCCGAUGGAACGUUCGAGCACGAUGGGGAGGAUACGCUGCAACAGGACCGGACUGCUUGUAACAACACGAAUGUAAGUUUUGGGAUCGAUAUGCCAGAUGCAUCCAUUUUCUCCUCAACCAAGCAACAAUCGGUGUGCGACGAAAACGACGAAACAUACUUGAAGAAAAGCCUAUCUGAGGAUCGUUCGACCAACGAUACCGGACUGGCGGGAUCGUUGACGCAUUCUGAAGAGGGCGCCCAAGACGACAACGACGAUGAGGAAGACCCGACCAGUUUCAAUGAGCGAAGCACAAUCGGAGAACAAUUUGAGGAUGAUGAUGGAGAGGUGCAGAUUGAAACUUCGUCCGGCCGGAAACGACUGUUCAGCAAAGAACUACGCUGUAUGAUGUACGGUUUCGGGGACGACCAGAACCCGUACACGGAGAGCGUCGAUCUGCUCGAGGAUCUCGUGGUCGAGUUUAUCACCGAGAUGACCCACCGUGCGAUGGAAAUUGGCAGAACGGGACGAGUACAGGUCGAGGAUAUUGUGUUCCUUGUGCGUAAAAACUCCCGCAAAUACGCCCGUGUGAAGGACCUGCUGACGAUGAACGAGGAAUUGAAGCGUGCCCGGAAGGCGUUCGAUGAGAUUAAAGACGAUCGCAUGAUCGUGAUGCUCAACUCGCCUUCGACCGAGCUUCGUGUCGUAGAAACAAGCGGCAUCGCCAGCAACGUACACGUUGGAACGAGCCCUCAGCUCAGCAUCAACCAGAAAACCGCCAUUCGUUACUUUGAUGAUUUUAUGUUGCGAACGAGAUGCAAAACCACCUACUUUUUGCGAAAAACAGAACGAACACCGAGGUGUUUGAUGCAUCUACUAGCGUGGAGCUUUGUUUUUGCUCAGAAAUGUCAUCCUCUUGGAAAACCGCCCAGCACGCUAAGGGGGAAAACGCCGAUCGUGCUCGUUUUUAUCAAGCUAGUUCCGAAUUACGUCACAGCCGUGCCUGCUAAAAUGUCAGUUCUGCGACUCUUUGGUGGUGAAAUCAUUUCCAUUUAUCGCCAAACAUUACUCACUUCGUUCGCCGGCCCUGCAGCGAGGCAUUUCGGCACGAUCUCCCAACAGCUGCGAGCGGCGGCCAGCACGGAAAAGGAAGCGGAACCGGCGGAAGAAGGCGGUUUGGGUGGGGACGAGGAACAACCAGAGGCCAGCGAUAAGCAGCGCGGUGCGCCGGAAGAUGAUCCGAAGGAUCGUACACGCCUGAUCCCGGUGGAAACGAGCGUCCGGUAUUUGGCUAGCGAAGCGUACCGACAAACCUAUCAAGACGAUCCGGUGUGGAAACACUAUCGACGUAAUCACAAAGGUGCCUAUCCGUCGAAGAAAACGCGCAAAACGUGUAUACGCAAGGGUCGCAUCUCGACCGGGAACCCCUGUCCGAUCUGUCGUGACGAAUACCUUGUGCUCGAUCAUAACAACAUCGAUCUGCUGAAGCAAUUCAUCUCUCCGCAGACGGGUGAAGUGUUGAGCUACCGGGUAACGGGGCUAUGCCAGAAGAAGCACCUGCAGCUGCUCGUAGCCGUGGAACGAGCGAUGGACCGUGGUAUGCUAACGUUCGAUGUACCAUUCCGAGAGUACGAUUACAGUGAAUAUUACACGACGAACGACGUGAAGAAAGCGGUCAAAUAGGACACAGAGAG